AUGGUCAGGUAUAUAUUGAUGGUUAAUAGCAAGCAAAUAGAAUGGAAUUUGGAACAAUUAUUAGUACCGGUCACGUGUGGAAAUGAUUGUGAAAUAUUCCAUGUUCCUAAAUGGAAGCAAGCAACCAUUGAAAAGGAGUUAUUUUGUGGUUCAAAUGUAAGGGAUUGUCUUGGGAGUCAGUCAAUUGCUACGAAAAUUUUUGCAAUUUUCAGGGCUUUGCAAAUGGCACAACACAUUUUAUAUGUCAAAUAG